AUGGUAUACAUUAACCAUCCGCCCACACCGACUACUGAACGACCCCGCACAUCACGGGCACGUUCCGCAAACCAGCGACCCCCGCGCCCCCGCAUCACCUCCGCACCACCCACUAGAUCGACUCCGGUGACCAUCACCCAUGCGAUCCAAUCUAGCCGCGCGACGUCAGGAAAAUCUGUUCGAACAAGGCGCGAUAGUGUGUUUAGUUCAUGGACUUCUCGAGCGGGGAGUGCGCGGAGUGCGGGCGGGUGGUGGGAGGGUGAGGAGUGGGAAGACGGUCCGCUGGCUUGGGAGCCAAAAUGCACAUUUUUGGAUGUCAGUGAAGCAAGGCGGGGUGCGUCCCUGCCCGAUCUGGUGGGAGAACAAGAUGCGUACAUGUCCACAAAGCUUCGCGACCAAGACGAGCAAGACGAAACAACUACUCAAGUCCAAACCCUCCUAAAUACUCGGCCGAUCUCAUCCAAACACGUCCGUAUAGCACAGGACAUUCGUCACUCUAUACCCUCCACGCCCAAUCCACCCGUCUCACGACCACCUUCAAGUCGACCCCGAACGGGAAGAACGGCACCCCGCCAUGAGAGUGUCAACCACCUCCUUCGAAAAUCGAUACAUCCAGAGACGAACGUUGAUGAGCAGUCCGUUCAACGUGAGGGCCUCUACUCCCUCCUACAUAUGGGCCGAAUCCCACCGGACGCUAAUGUCUCCAAAUCGCUUAUAAACAAAGCUCAAGAGAAACUGGAUGGAACAGCGCAUUUAGAUAUUCCCUUGUCAUACGAGUCCUGUGUGAAGGUCGCACAACCGAUGCCGGUUAAGGAGGUCAUUGGCAAGCCCCCAACAACGACACCAGACGAUCGAGAAACAAAAAAGGAAGCUUAUCCUACUACUGAGCCUCGACCUUCUAAAGUGUCUCUGGUACCUGCAACUCUUCCCUUGCCGGACCCAUUAAACGAGAUCCACUUUGUUAUCCACAAGGGACGGACAAUGCAGCGUACACCAGCCUACGAAAGAUUCAUACGAAUUCUUACGUUGGAUAUCCGAACAGUUGAGAUGGUUAUUGAAAAGCUAGAGAGCCUCUGCCAAGAGUUUCAUGUUCUUUGGGCAGAAGUCGGAGCAAAAAAUCUGUGUGAUUUGGCUGGGAGACCCGUCAUCUGGCCCAUAAAGAAAGAGGAUUUGCUCAAAAGCUUUGUUAACCGGCAAGAGGUAGAGUCGCUUCUCCGAAAGCCCGGCCAACGAUACCGCGGGAGAAAUGGGGAAGCUGCUGCCAUUACUAAACUUCAAUCAUGGUGGAGAAGCAUUCUAUGCCGGCGAGACUACAUUGACCGUCUAGCCCAUCUCAAAGCUGCCGCAACUUUGUGGUUUUAUUGGAAGAUGAAAAUGAAGCGUCGAAUGUUAUUUCUGGACGGCCAGAGGAAACUCCAAUUACAUUACGAACAGUGCGCCCAAAGGACCCAAAUUCUGCACAAGAACUGGGCAACGCAAUUCAAACACCAAAGACGACUCGUCAUCCAUAUUCCAUCAACUUAUUCGUCACCAUCUGGUCUUCAUAAUGCGGAAGUCGGGAGACUCCUUGAUAUGCAUGAUGCGACUCUCGAAGUGGUGUACAUUGCGCAGACGGAUGAUGCCAAUGUUCUAGACGAGCUGUAUAAAUUGCUCCAUUUAUCCUUCUCCCCGUCCUCGAAUGUGUUCUCUAGAUUGCACAUCAUCGCACCGGAAGCUUCACAUUUGUUUCAGCCGGGAAGUUCGGUGGCAGCCAUGUUGGAUGCGAGUCCAAAGGCAUUGAAGCAACUGCGUACGGUGAUGGAGGGAAAAAAGUGUUUUUUUGUUACGGGGCGAGUAGGGGAUGCCGAGGUUAGGUUAUCUGCGGUCUUGAACGCACCAAUUCUUUCCACAAUCCCAGAACCCCAUAAAGAUCCCUUGCCCAUCUCAUCCCAAUGGUCGUUUCUGAAAUCCAUCAACGUCCCUGUACCAGAAGGCCAAGUGCUCGAGCCGAAUAAUCUCGGACAGUGGUAUGAGGCAUUUCGAGAGCUCUUGGUGGAGAAUCUUAGUGUGAAGCGGUGGCUCGUCAUGUGUAAUGGGCGGGAGGGAGUCGGAGUCAUCGAUACACUCACAAUAGCGACACAUAUGGGCCUCCCGACAACGUUCAGCGAGGCAUUGGAAUCUAUUGUCCAAGUACCCCGGCCCAAAGACUUUAUCAUCAACUUGUUAUCGCAUGGUGGAGUCGUCCAUGCUGAUGUUGGGAGGGGAAGGAGGACGGUCGUGCAUUGUUUCGUAGAGCCAGAUGGAGAAAGCAGGGUGCUAGGAAUGGGAGACGAGAUUUUUGACGAAUCCACCACGCACUUACUUACACUCUUCCCACCCCUGUCGCCACCGCCCGAAACAGCCGUAUCCCAUAUCCUCCAAAACUGCCACGAUGCUUCUCUCAACGGUUACAUAACAUUAACAUUCAACACAAACGGUUCAACAUGUCAAUGUGUCUCAGUCACACCCUAUUAUACACGCGCCGCCGCGGUCUGCCAGACAUGGCUCCUGAGUACCGGGACGAGGUUUGAUGGGCGUGGAAAGUAUCUGUUUAAUGUUUCCAUAGGGCGGAGUUUGCAGUUGGAAUUUUUGAGAAAGGUGGUCUGGGUUGAUGUGGAAGGUGUUGAACGCAAAGCGGGCGUAAUAACCAAAGAACAAGAUGAGAGGAUGGGAAUAUGGACUGUAUUGGAACAUAAUCUGUUGGCUAACAUGUCUCGACCGGCGUUGAUGGCAUCAUUGAGAGAGGGAGGCAUUGCGUAUGAUUUCAAGUGGAGACAAGGAACCCUUUUCCCCACUGUCGAUACAACCCCCAGACUCGAUUCUCUUCCCAUGCUGUGCUCGGGACGAUCCAUGAGCGAUUGCCUUGAGCUGGUGUUACGCAAUCUAGUGGUUGUAGGGAGACGGGUAUCAUCACAGAGAUUGGCGGGGAGGGGGAAUUUAAUGGACAUUGCAGAGAAAGUAGGAAAAGAACUUGAAGUCGUUCGACAAGAUACACACCUACGUGGUCGCAUCUCUCCUCCCCCUUCAACCGACCCGCUCUCUAACGCACCUCCCUUGUACGCAGCACAUACCACUCCACCCCCCGCACCUCAAAGCCCUCUCGAACGCUAUAUAUCCCAUCUCGUUCCACUUCCCCCCAUCCCACGCCCUCCAACACCGCCAAUUCCGACCCCUCCCUCCCCCGAGCUCCUAUCAAAAUCAAUCCCCUCACACGCCCUGCAACAAGAACACUCUGACUGGAACGCCGUCAGACCUGCCUCACCCGUCAUGCCUGAGCGCCUAACCGACCCAACACGCAUCCCACCAGGCAUGUUAUCCCCUCAAAUGUAUUUAUCCGCCCUUGAAGACCAAAUGCGGAAACGGGAUCAAGCGAAGCGUGACGAAGAGGAGCGGGAGGCGCUCAAAAAGCUGCGAGAGAACUUACCUGAAAAAGUAGUUACGCCCGUCAAGACCCGGUUACGUGUGACGGAUUUCAUGGGCAUGCGAAAAACGCAGGAACGCAAAGUGGUUUCCAUGGUGGAUAAACGACAUGUAGCUCAAGAGUUACCAGAUUUUGAUACACCCAUUGAUUUCGCAUCCCGUCGGACAUCUGUUUCCGCACCCAUAGAUCGAAGAUUGUCCAUAUCACAGCGACGAAGUUCUUUCCAAUCCUCUUCGUUAGUCAAAGAAGAGUCACUGGUCAUGCAAGUGUUGGCUGGGCUAUUCAGUGAAACGGAAUAAUGUUAUAGUAAAUAUGCAUAGUAAAUGUCCAUUUGAUGAUACCCCGAAUGUAUACCCCUUUGAUCCCUAAAAAUGGAGUGCAUACCCUUAACUAGCGAUGGAGCACUCUUCUCAAUCGUGUGUACGGCGAUGAUGGCCGAUCGCAAACGGCGUACCGUAGAUGGAUGCAUAGCAAUACAGAUAAUUAUUAUUACAGUCGUGCUUGGAUGGAUACUGUUCAUACUGUCGCAGCUGUAUCUCUCCUCUCGAUGACAUAAACGUAGUGACGUCGCCUUGUAUGCAUUCUGAGUUGGGGUGAGGAUAGACGCGGCUCCGAGAUGGUGCAGUUACCCAGGAAGAGGAUAUGCAAUCGGUGCUAUAUAUUGUCGAAAAAUAAGAGUGGAACAGGUCGAUGCAAUACAGUCUGGAUCCUUACGAAUACAGACGCCCUGCUCUCGUCCGUAGGAACGGAAUUCCAAAUAAGCGACUAUAUUCUUCCUAAGCAUGGAAUACAAAUCUACAAACUGGGUCGAAUACAAUAGAAAAGAUGGACAGCAAAUACGAAAAUAUAAAUGUAUAUACCAGAAAUAAAAAUAAGCAGAGAUACAAUGUCGCGGUGUGUCUCUGUACAAAAUGCAAAA